UGUUACUUAGGCAACAUGUAACACAGGUAUUUUCAAAACCUACUGCAGUUUUCCACAAAACUGAUUUUACAUUACAUAUAUGUGUUUAUAUUAUGUUUUUUUUUUGUGUAUUUGCCGUGUGUGCCUCGCCAUAGAAUGGGCCGCCUCCAGUUUUCCCAUGGGUAGCGUAAGAGGCAAUUAAGUGAGGAUAAGAGAUGGGUAGCAGUGUCCCUUUAAAAACAUCUCUAAAAGCCUGACUGCGGUUGCUAAAAUGCCUGCUAAGUGUGGCAACUAUUGGCAAAAUUCCCCUUAUGGAGAAGACUUAUAUCCAGCAGUGGAUAGUUGACAGCUGAAAUAAUAAUAAUAGUUUUGUGUAUGUUUAUAUUAGUCUAAUUAUAUGUUUAUAAUAUAUGAACAUUUUAGGUAUUAGUUUAUAUUACCUUAGUUCUUCAAUGCACCGCCUACCUAUUUCUCUGUUUGCCCAAUGUUUGACUGAUUAAGAACAUCAUCUGAUGUUAAGUCUGCCAAAUGUACAUAUAGUCUUACUAUGCAUUAAAGUUUAAAUAAAUAAAUAUACCUAAUACAACUUCUACUCGUUCAGUUUAGCGUUCAUAAAUGUGGCCAUUGUUUUUAAAGAAAGUAGCUAUCAUAAAAAUAAUGUUUUAUUAUUUAGUACACAUGCAACACAGCAGAUCCUCACAGCGUUUCAACAGUAUACGUAAAAUUUAAGAGCUAAUAAAAAGCUAAAACGACUGUAUUAUUACAGCGAUUUCCUUCAUCGUAUCCCAUAACGAAGUGCGUUUAAACUGAAAACCCAACAUUCAAUCUCACGAUACGUUAUUGUAACAUCAGAGUAUUAUUUAUAUAAAACCUUUUUUCCUAUCCGGUCGAUAAUAUCUUUUACGUUGCCAUAGCAACCGUUUAUCUGUUAUGUCAAUGUUUGUAUGUAACUGUUGUUCGUAACAUAAUGUGUCGUUUUUGAGAUUUCAUUUUUAAAUUGUUUUGUAAUCAUAUUUGUUACUGACAAAAUGGGGGAGGCUCAGUUUGGUGUAAGGCAUGUGAUAGGAGCUCCCGUUGCUACCACCAGAUUAUCCGAACAGGCAUUAGUCUGCAUGCCUCCAAGAUCUGCAAAGUUCACUCUAGCAGAGUGGAAGUUGAGCAAUGAUCAGAAAUGUCGAAAUACAGAAGACCAACAACAGUUAGCUGACAGAAUCUUAGGAGAAUGCCAAAGGGUUCGGGAAGAAACGUCUGAGAGAUCUGAAAUUAUGAAAGCCACCACAGACAGACGUAUAGAAGAACGAAUCGGAGACAUAGAAUUCAACAAGAAGGAGCUACAAAUACAAAGAAAAGAAAUUUGUAUUGAAUUAGAAGCCCUUGGAGUUUAUAAGACCCGACUGCUGGAUUGUCUUUCUUCGUUACAGUCGAAUGCUCUCAAUAUAUGCAGAAAGUGCUUAAUGUUAAGAGAUGGUCGCAUUGGCAUAGACUUGGUAGUGGACGAUGUGGAGCAUGCUUUGCAGCAAGAAAUCACCACAAUACUCGGUGGUCAAAGUCUUUUGAAACGUGUUUUGGAACAGCUGAAUGAGCAGAUGAGACGUUUACGGGCCACGCGUUAUCUCCUCGACCGAGAUCUUCAGUAUAAGCAAGCAGCUAUAGAUUUGGAUAAAGGCUCGCUUUCCUUAAAGCCAACUGACUUGUGUCUAUCUAUUUACGAAGGAUAUGCAAAUUUAGAUCCAGCAAAUAUAUCUGCUGAAGAAUAUAACGUAUAUUCGGCAAAUAAUAUUAAACUUGCAGCCAAAGAAGUAACCAGUGCGCGUCCUAUACGUAUGUUCGUAGAUACUCUGUUGAAACAGGUAAUUGAUGAUCUAUGGGUAGCUUACAACAAAUGCAACCAUGCGUUUAGUGAGAGAAUUAAAGAGACUAAAAUAGCUAAAGGGAAACUGGAAGAUAUGCAUAGAGAAACGACUCAAAAGAUUAUUGAUAUGCAAAAUAAUAUUUUGCAAUUGCAAAAAGCUUUGUCCGAUAAAGAAGGGCAUGUAGCCUUAGCGCAUACAAGACUUGGUAGAAGGGCGCAGAGAGUGGGCGCGGAGUUGGUACGUGAUCCACCAGGCCAGGCGCUAUAUUAUGAAUGUGAGAUGCUUCGCCACAGUACUGAGCAGCUUCAACAAAUGCUGCAUGAGGCUACGUCUUCUCUACGUUAUUUGUUGCAAACACAAAUUCAGCUGGAGGAAGAUAUUAACGUGAAAAUGAAUACACUAAAGAUUGAUGAAGUAGACUGUAUGACAUUGAGGGAAACUAUGGACUAUCAUGCUUAUUGAUUAAAUUGUGUAAAUUUUUGAAUUAAAAAACCAUUUAUAUUGUAUUAAUUAUUGUUUUCAAUAAAAACAUUAUAUAUAUAUAUUUUCAACCGACUUAAAAAAGAAGGAGGUUCUCAAUUCGGUUGUAUUUUUUUUAUAUUUGUUACCUCAUAAUUCUGUCAGUUACAAUUUUUUUUUAUUUCAUUUAACUUUAAUGCACAGUAAAAUUUUAUGUACAUUUGGUGGACUUAACACCGGACGUUUUCUCUACCAGUCAACUAUUGGACAAAUUGAGAAGGCGCUGCAAUUUUGAAUAUAAAGCAAUAUUUGAUAAAUUCAUAUAAUAUUAGCAUAUAUAUAAUAUGUAUAUAUUUAUGUGUAAUAUGUAUAUGAAAUAAAUACAUAAAUAAAAACAUAAAAUAUUACUAUAUAAAAAUGCAAGAGCAAAUAGUAAUCUAUGACUCAAACAGAGUAACUAGCAGGAGAAGCUUAAAGGGAAAGUGAUUUUUCUAAGAAAUAGGUGCGAAAUUUGUGUUUAAAAGCUAGCUUGCUUAUGUCAAGCGGGAGUCUAUUUCAGUGUAUAAUAGCUUGAUAGUUUAAUAGCAACAUAUCAUUUUGAAAAUUUCUUUUUUAUCUGAUAGGUUAUACUUCCAGAUGAGUCCUGUAGAAAUCUUAUCAAAAUGGGUUCAGUAGUUUAGUUUAUUUCUUGUAUUCUAUGAAAAUGCUUUAGAAUUGAUAUUAGAAUUCUUUUGUAACUAUUGUUUUUUUUUAAGUAUAUCAAAAAAUACUUGUAAAACGUCUAGAGUGUUAAAAGAAUAUAAUAACAAUAUGAAAAAUUUAAUAUGAAAAAUUUAAUGAGAUGUCUCUACCUUUAUACAACUAACAAUUUAAUAUCUUUAUGGAAAACUUAGAUGUUGUCAAGAAAUCAUAUUUUUUUUAACAAAUUUUGUCUAGGAUCAUUAUUUUUUUUUCUAAAAUAUUAUUUUCCUUGUAAUG